ACAGGCAUAAAAGCCACAGUGAGGAAUCUGGUGAUUUCCACCACCCCCCCCUUCGUCUAUAGGAAAUGGAAUGUUCUUUUCUGGGGCAGUUGCCACGGUCCGGCACACAGGAACACGACGACGUGUCGCGUGCCCUCACCGUACUAGCGCCAUCCAUCUCCGUUACCGCCCGGGCUCGGCCCUCUUCUGUCCACUCUCCACUCCGGCCGAUCCACUCCACACGCCCACUUCGACGCGCGCGCGUCUCGUGCUCUGAGCUCCUGCGCGCGCGCGAUGGCUGGCGACGGUGCCGAUGUCGGGGAAGCAGUAGAGGCGACGCCCACGAGGAACAGGAGGACGAUCUACGAUUACCUCGGCGAAGGCGAGGAUGGAACCGAGGAUGCCUCGCCGCCUGCUUCGUCGGAGACGCCGCCGCGGCUGCGGCUCCCGAGGUUCACCUGCGCCAGGAUCCGGUUCGGCAGGAAGCGUGGCGGAAGCGGUGGCCGGAAGGAAGCCGCCGCGGCCGAGAAGAGCGAGGACGCGUCGGUGGGCUCCUCAGGAUGGAAGCAAGCGGCGGCCGGAAGCAGCAGCGGCGGUGGUGUGGCGGCCGGACAAACCGGCAUGGGGCUAAGCAUGCUCUUCCUCCUGGCGAGGACAUGCGUGGAGCUCAACCGGAUGGCCGAGGUGCGCGCGCAGAUGGAGACGCUCCUCAAGGAGAUCCGAGACGAGGCUAGCAGGGUGAAGGGCGCCGCCGCCGUGGAUGAUCACGUCGUCCUCGUCGCGCCGAAAGCCUGCAACAACCUGCAGUCGUCGUCGUCGUCGACCACCACCACCACCACCACCACCGCGUCGUCGAGCUGCGUCUCGGACACGACCACCACCAACUGCCUGGAGACCCGGCGCGGCGAGGACGGGGAGCGGGCGUCGGAAGCAGAGCUCGAGACAGAGCCGCCACCACGGCGCCAUCAACCGCCAGAGUGCAGGUCCGACACCGAGCAAGACAGUCCUGAUGAUCAGUGUUCGAUCCAGUCGUCGUCGUCCGACGACGACGACGACGGCGAGUUCAUCGAGCUGGAGGGCGGGCGGUUCGGCACCGGCGGCGGGAAUUCCCAUCAGCGAGGCGCCGUGGUCGUCGACGAGGGCGACGACGACGGCGACGAGUCGUGCGAGCGGCGGCACGAGGGAGGAGGAGUCUCGGCGACGGAGCUGGAGCGGAGGCUGCACGAGCUCCAGCACCGGCGGGACAGGGAGCGGAUCGAGGCGCUGGAGUCGGCGCUGCGGCGCGCGCAGCGGAAGCUGACGGAGAAGGAGAUGGAGGCGCGGCUGUGGCAGGACACGGCCACACUGGCGCUGGGGCAACCGAUGCCGCGGGCGCGGGACCGGGACGGACAGGGACAGUGACCUUGCGCUUGCAGUCUCGUUGCAGGUAGUAGCGUGCCGUACGGUCUGUACAUGUACUGUACAGCUAGCGUGCGUACGUACGUAAAAUAGCAGGAUUCAGAAAUCCUAAAUUAAAGACAUUGCUUA